AUGAAAACUGCAUCCUGGUCAGAUAUAGAGCAGAAUCGUCCAGAAACACCAGAGAGAUUUCAGUUCUGGGAACAGGUAUUAAGCAGUCGGAGUUUUUCCUCGGGGCGACAUUACUGGGAAGUGGAUGUCAGUGAGGGAGAAUAUUGCAUAGUCGGGAUGUGUUAUCCCAGUAUAGAGAGGGGAGGAGGGCAGUCAGGGAUUGGAUAUAAUAACAAGUCCUGGGUUUGUGGAAGUAUAACAGUGAGUGUUAUCUAUUCACAUGAUAAUAAAACCAAUCCCCAUAUCUCCCGAUACCCCCCCUGA